AUGGCGGCAACGAAAAGUACUCUGCCAACUGGCGACGAAGUAAGGGUUGAAGCUUUGUCAGUGGUCGGGAGGCGACCGGAAUGCUUCUCUUCAACCAUCAAGGAAUGUCUAUUCGUUUUGACAGCUACGAUGUCAAUUGGCAUGAGUAGCUUUCUAUACGGGCUAUGUACCGUUAUUACAGCGCCAAUUGCGAAGGAUUUGGGCAUGACGAGUGCUGAGAUUACUUGGAUUGGUGCUAGUUCUGCACUUUGCUCAGGCUCAUUCCUCCUUUUCUUCGCUAAAAUCGCAGACACGUUCGGCCGCCGAGGCCUCCUCAUAUUCAGUAUGGCAGCUUUUGCCAUCUCAGCUCUCAUCACAGGGUUUGCAACAAAUCCUCUCUACCUCGAUGUCUUCUGUGGCUUACUGGGUCUCUGGUCUGCUGCCUCUGUUCCCCCAGCAAUUGGAAUUCUAGGCGCGGCUUAUGAUGUACCCAGCAAGCGCAAGAACUGGGCAUUCGCAUGCUUCAGUGCUGGUAACCCAGUAGGCUAUGUUAUGGGAUGUAUCUUCUCUGGUGUUGCUACAGAUCUCUUCAAUUGGCGAGCUAGUUUCUAUUUGCUCGCCAUUAUUUACGCGGUGUUCUUUGUUGCUGCAUUAUGGACGGUGCCAAAAAUUCAACAUGAUACUGUAGGGCUCACAUGGGAGUCAUUGAAAAGGUUCGACUUGUUUGGCAUUGCUUUGAGUAUGGUUGGACUCGCGUUCUUCUGUGCAAGCUUGACGAUUGCGGGCGAUGCACCAAAAGGAUGGUCAACACCAUAUAUAAUAGCACUUCUCAUCGUGGGCCUUGCACUGCUAUUUGGAUUCGUGGGCUGGGAGAAAAUCUGUAAAUAUCCUGUUAUGCCACUACGAAUCUGGCGCGACCGAAACUUCUCUUGGAUCAAUAUCGUCGUGCUUCUGGGGUUCACGCCAUUCUCAGCAUCCGUCUUCUGGUUGUCACUUUACUUGCAAAAUGUUCUCAAUUACUCCACACUUUCGGUGGCCGUGCACCUGCUACCGCAGGCUAUAGCCGGAAUUCUCGUCAACAUCCUCGCUGGUGCAAUUCUUCAUCGUGUGAAUAAUAAGUUACUCGUUAUGAUUGGUGCGAUGAGCUACUUUGGUGCUAUGCUUCUGUUUGCGACAAUGAGAUAUGGAGAGCAAAGUGAAAAGGAGAGGUACUGGUCGAGGUUGUUCCCUGCUUUGGUUCUGAGUGUAAUUGGAGCUGAUUUACAGUUCAACGUCGCCAACAUGUACGUCCUCUCAUCGCUCCCCUCGCACCAACAAUCUCUCGCCGGAGGAAUCUUCAACACCAUCACCAAAGUCGGUACAGCCGUAGGCCUAGGUAUUACCACAUCAAUCUACAAUGCCGCAGGUACCAGUGGGCAAGCUUUGCAACGGACUUGGAGACCUUACGAACUCGUGUUUUGGUUCUGUGUUGGCUGCAGUGGGUUGGGGGUCUUGUGCGUGCCGUUCUUGACGAUCACAACGCAAGGCGGGAAAGAGAGUAGAGAACAGAGCUCGCAUGGGAAUUCUGAGGAGGAUAAGGCGGGGAUGGUUGUGGGACUCGAUGUGUUGACGGAUAAGAGGUCGUAG